AUGCUGAACUUCAUGCUUGACUCCCUUGAACCAUUCAUAGAUGCCAUCUCCAUUCUUCAAAGAUUUGAUCAUGACACAGCCGAUUUAGAAGGCUCUCCAACCAUGUUCUCCAUAAUAAUCUCCUUAGCUUCUUCCCCUCCUUCCCUUCUAGCCCUCCAAAUCAUGCCUCAAUUCUUCUCCCAUUUCUCUUGCGAUCAACUUCAUUAUGUCAACGUCCCCAUUGCCGAAGUCGCUACCAUCAUCUCGAAUAUGGAACGCGACGGUUUUUAUUCGCUCGUCUUCUUUCUUCUCGCUAACCAAGAACGCAUUGCCUUUGCAUUUAAGCGUCAUAGUCAACAACGUCGAUGGGACACAAGGCAACUUAAAUCGGAACCAUUAGAACCGAAGAAAGUAGGCGAAAUUGACUAUUCUUCCUUUGUUUCAAUUGAUUUAGAGGAGUUUAGAUCGAGUGUCAUAACGUUAUGUGCUGGUCGAGCUUUGGUAACUAUUACGAAUUCCGAAAUCUCGUUCGAUGUUCCGUAUAUAAAUCGAGAGAUUAUUUUUUCUAAAGAGAAAGGAGAAUGCAUAAUAGGAGGUUUUGAAGAAGGGGAGAAAGUAAUAUCUGAAAUCACUCUGUUUCCCAUAAAGUUGUUGAAUAGUUCGAGAUUGAAAAGGUUAUGGAUUUUCAAGACAAAUGAUUCGAGUGUUAUAAUACUCGUUGCUCCAACAGGAUUAGCCAAGUUGGUAAUCAAGGGUUCGAUAUUAUUACUCGACGAGAUAAAUGGUGGAAGUGCUCCUGUGGAUAUAGCUAUGGAAAAGGUUGUUGAAUUAGAUGCUGAGGAGCCCGUGAGUGAUGCUCGAUUGCGGCAUUAUCUUAUUCGUGGAUUACGAGAAGACUUUUUGCCCUUUGUUUUCUCAAUACAAUGGUGGGCAAAUCAGCCUACAGUUAUUGAAUUGGAAAAUUUGGAUUUUGAUUAA